AUGUACCAAACCGACGGUGUCGUAACAGCACGACAAAAACGGCAGAAGAACCCCAAUCGAUGCCGGCCAAAGUCAAAGGGAGGCUGUCAAAGGUGUAAGCAACGGCGACGCAGAUGUGACGAGACGAAGCCGGGCUGUCAGGAAUGCACAAGAAAAGGUCUUGAGUGCCCCGGAUAUCAGAAAAAGCCCCUCGAGUGGCGAUAUGUCUUCAAAGAUGAAGACAACUAUGACGAAGCGGUCAACACCCCGCUUACGCAAACUUCCGAGCACUUCUUUGGACCGGGUCAGCAGACCCCAGAGAGCCAGGAGGAUGAGGUUAUUCACAACAAAGAUCUACAAAGCCUCUGGGACGAAGCCAGCCUGACAUUAUUUGAUGAGCUACCGGAUAUCGAUCCUUCAAUUCGACUCGGGUCCAAGAUGGAUCCGAUAUUAAGCGAUAUGCCCGUCACCAAGUCGAAUUCUCAUACAGAUAGUCUGUCAAUCUUGCAUCGCCGACUGGAAAACUCAGCCAUACCAUCCUUUCUCAUACACAUGCCUGCUAUCCUCGUUCAAUAUUACUUUGACUACGUUUGCAAGUCUUGGUCAUCCUUCGAUUCGCCUUUGAAUCCAUUCAGAAUUAUUGUCAGCCGUCUCUGGAGCCGGAAUGCAGCGAUAUACUAUACCAUCCAAAGUAUGGCAGCGGCAUCUCUUGCAAAUGAUUUUCCCGGAAUGAAGGCGAUUGGAAUCCAGACGCAGCAACAAGCGAUUGCGUGCUUGCGUAACAAUCCCCGGGUGGGCUCGUUACAUCGAGAUAACCAAGAUGACGAGUAUUUCUUGGCUCUUCUCAUGAUCGGAAUGACUACGGCUUGGCACGAUGCCGCUGACUUGGGGUUGGAAUACCUCAAAGAGGCGAAGGACCAUCUCACAACACAGCAGCAGCUUUGCCAAGAUGCCAACUCAACCUUCGCAAAACAAUACCCGUUGUUCCAGCAGUGUCUUCUAUACUGGAAUAUGCUGUCCGCCUUUGUAGCGGAAGACUCAUUGCUCUUGACUGAAGAAAGCUUUUUAGAAAGACCCGAUUCUGAAAACUCGGUAUAUUUGGUUGAUGGUCAGAAUUUACCUCACCCAUGGACCGGCCCAUUCUCCAAGUCAUUGAGCCUUCUCUAUCAGACCGCUAGAGUGGUUCGCGCUGCUCGCAUAUUAUAUCGUACCUGCAUCGGUGAUCCUGAUCCCACCACGUUCGAUUUCGCUUUCCUCAUGGAGGAAGUUGAUCUACGUCAGAAGGCAGAGCGUCUCGAAGAAGAUAUACUCUUCACGGGGUUCUCAACUUACUGCGGCCCCGUCGACAUCGGCGAUACGGAUACCCCUCCCUCUCAUUUUAUCACGCUAGCGGAAGCAUAUCGCUGUGCUUCUCUGCUACAAAUUUAUCACGUCUUCCCGGAAAUUCUUGACGAAAGACUACGUCUGAAUCAAAGUCCUGACCGAGAGAUGCCUCCGUUGUUUAAUGUUCUCUCUUCAUCUACCUCGCAUAUGUCAUUUUCAUCCGGGGGUGUCACGCGUCGCAUCCUAGCCUUGCAUAUUGUUUCUCUUCUUAGUCAAAUCCCUACCACAUCGGGAACCCGAUGUAUGCAUCCUGUUGUUCUGUGCUGCAUUUCUAGCGAUCUUGUGUUUUCAAAUGAUUCUGUAUUUGGCCCGACAGCGAAUGCGAUUGCUAGUCUCAAUACCCUGGAUGUAGAAAUUGCUCAGGCACGGCGCAGGGUGAGCUUAUGGUUAUCGGAGCUCGGUCUAAUUCUUCCAAAGCUACGAAUGCAACGAAUCUCAGACGUUGUGCGGGAAACAUGGGAUCGGGCAGAUUCUGGAGCACAAGAUUAUUGGUUGGAUAUAAUGAUUGAAAGAAACCUUGAAACCAUUAUGGGGUAG